CACACACACACACACACACACAAUCACGAAUCUGACACGCCCCUCUCGUUUUUUUAUAAAUUCUUUUUUUUUUAAAAACUUUAUUUUUUCUUCAUGAAAUGGCAACUUUAGGAGAAUCAGCUUAUAAAUUAGCUAAAGAAGCCAAACGUACAUCCGAUUUACUCGUUUCACCAUACAAUGAUGAUCUUGUGCAAGGAAUUUGUCGAGAAAUCCGACUUUUACACAACAAGGCCAAAGAGACCGUAAACACAAUGCGAUCCCGUGGCGGUGGAGAUCCCAGCAGCAUGUCACAAGCCAUGUUAUACCAUUUAGCAGUCAAACGAAACAAACGAGUAUUAUUUGCAUACCAUCGACAACGAGUGAAUCAACUUAAGGAGAUAUACUGGAAUGUGGGUCUUCAAUCGGAAUACCAACGAGAGAUCAAAGCUAGUUUGGGCCCGACCGAACAAAAGUUUCUAGAAGAGUAUGCUGAUAUAGUCAAUACAUAUAAGCAGAGCUUUAUCGAGAUAGAUUUAGGUGGAAAUGGUGGUGCAGGCUUAGACCCGCCCACGGAUCUCUUUAUUGAGGUACGCGUAGUCCGUGAUGCGGGAGAAAUCAGCACAGAAUACGGCGUACUUAAUCUAUCCAAAGGCAACCAACUCUAUGUACGAAGAACAGAUGCAGAACCUCUUAUUAAAGCGGGCUAUUUAGUUCACA